AUUAUUAUAUCUCUCUCUUACAAUUCUCUUUUCACUUCAUUUAUUUAUAUAUAAUUACCAAAAGGAUAUAUAAUUCACUAUCUCCCGCCAUGGAUGAAGAGUAUGAUGUAAUCGUUCUGGGCACGGGUCUGAAGGAAUGCAUUCUCAGUGGUUUACUCUCUGUUGAUGGCAUGAAAGUACUCCAUAUAGACAGGAAUGAAUAUUAUGGAGGAGAGUCCACCUCACUCAAUUUGAAUCAGUUUAUGAUGGCAAAUGGGACUUUGGUACGUGUGCUCAUUCAUUCAAAUGUUACCAAGUACCUCAACUUUAAGGCAGUAGAUGGUAGUUUUGUCUACAAUAAGGGAAAGAUCUACAAGGUCCCGGCAACUGAUGUUGAGGCACUGAAAUCACCAUUAAUGGGGUUAUUUGAAAAGCGUCGUGCUCGAAAGUUCUUUGUGUUUGUUCAAGAUUUUGACGAGAGUGACCCUAAAACUCAUCAAGGGAUUAAUUUGGACACAAUCACUGCAAAAGAACUUAUUGCAAAAUAUGAACUGGAAGAUGACACGAUUGAUUUCAUAGGCCAUGCUCUGGCGCUCCAUAUUACUGAUAGUUACUUAGACCAGAAAGCUCUCGAUUUUGUGAAGAGAGUGAAGUUGUAUGCAGAAUCCUUGGCACGCUUUCAGUCUGGAUCUCCUUACAUAUACCCACUAUAUGGACUCGGGGAACUGCCUCAGGCAUUUGCACGUCUAAGUGCAGUUUAUGGUGGGACUUACAUGUUAAACAAGCCUCAAUGUAAGGUGGAGUUUCAAGAAAGUGGGAAAGCAAUUGGAGUAACAUCUGAAGGAGAAACCGCCAAAUGCAAGAAAGUCGUAUGUGACCCUUCAUAUUUACCUGAUAAGGUCCAGAAGGUUGGAAAGGUUGCCCGUGCCAUUUGCAUUAUGAGUCAUCCAAUCCCGGACACAAAUGAGUCUCACUCAGCCCAAGUCAUUCUCCCUCAAAAGCAACUCGGUCGUAAAUCAGAUAUGUACUUGUUUUGUUGCUCAUAUGCUCAUAAUGUUGCCCCAAAAGGAAAAUUUAUUGCAUUUGUUCUAACGGAAGCCGAAACUGACAAUCCGGAGGCUGAACUUAAGCCUGGAGUCGACCUUCUUGGACCAGUCGAUGAAAUAUUUUAUGAAACUUAUGACAGAUUUCAACCCACUAAUGACAGUGACACUGAUCAUUGUUACAUAUCCACAAGUUAUGAUCCGACAACACACUUCGAGACUACAGUAACAGAUGUGCUCGCAAUGUACACCAAGAUAACUGGAAAAGUUCUCGAUUUAUCGGUGGACCUAAGUGCAGCUAGUGCUAGUGCUGAGAAAUAAGCUCCUUCUCCAUGACCUCGGUUUUGAAUUUUGAUUUUUUAUUUCGUUUUUGUUAACAUUAGUAGGCAUCCAACUAUUGACAUGAAGUUGGAUACCGACUUUGGACCUCACACUAUUUAGUGCAUAAAUAUAGUGUAUGAUUUUCAUAAAUUUAUCUUUUACUUAUUUUAUUUUUUCCUUUUAUCAUCGGUAGUGUUUUGUCAAACUAUUUUGCA